AUGGAACGCAGCGAGCCUAGCUUAGACGGUUCGCUAGCCGAACCCAUGGAGAUCGAAUAUCGUUACCUCGAGCUAGAGACGCCGCUGCCCACUCCAGCUAUUACGCUACCCCCCGGUCCCAGUCAGUCGGCGCCUCCUGAUGCUCCGAGCUUGGAAGAAUAUACUUCGCCCUUUUUAUGGCCGAAAUGGCGCAAGUCGAUGAUGACCUAUAUUGCCUGCGCCGUUACUGCGCUGGCUGGUUAUUCCGCUGGUGAGGUCAGUCCGGCGGCGGAUGAGUUGUGUAAGGAAUGGGGCGUGAGCAGCGUGGUGUAUAAUUUGAGCAUUACUCUUUUCUGCAUUGGGUUCGCUCUGGCUCCCAUGGUUUUGGCGCCGUUCUCUGAGAUCAACGGCCGCCGGCCUAUCUUUAUUGCCAGCGGUGUUCUCUUCGUCGCGACGUUGAUUGCCUGUGGAGGCACCCAUACAUUUGGCGGGCUUUUGGCAGCCCGAUUCUUCCAGGGCGUUGGUGGAUCUACUUUCUCCACCAUGGUUGGCGGUGUCAUCAGUGAUAUCUACCAUGCGCAAGACCGAAACACCCCAAUGGCCCUAUUUGCCGGCGCAGCACUCUUCGGAACUGGCCUGGCACCUUUGAUCGGCGGCGCAAUCGUUUCACAUACCACCUGGCGCUGGAUCUACUACUCGCACGCCAUUGUCUCGGCUGUUUUUGUCGUCAUCAUCUACUUUUUCUUCAAAGAGACCCGUGGAAGUGUCCUAUUGAGUCGCAAGGCCCACAAGCUGAACACAUACUACGAGCAGCUCGAAGAAGCUGGACAUGUAGGCGUUCUCCUGUCGAGUGAAGAGUCCAGUGAAGAAAAGUCGACUCGUCGUAUUCGAUGGAAGGUGAAGAGCGACGAGCAGCGUGAUUCUCUGGCAACGAUGAUUCGGAUCUCGGUGUAUCGACCUUUCCACAUGCUCUUCACCGAGCCCGUGGUCUUCUUUUUCUCCGUGUGGGUAUCCUUCAGCUGGGCUACUCUCUACCUCCAAUUCGGAUCUAUACCCCUUGUCUUCACGAAAAGCCACGGUUUCAACGUCGAGCAGAACGGUGCCGUGUUUACUUCCAUGUGCGUCGGCGUCAUCAUCAUCACCUGCAUCAGCAUCUGGCAAGAGAAAAUCGCCGCCCACUUCGGCAAGCUCUCGUCCUCCGCCGAAGGACGUCUCUAUUUCGUCUGCAUCGAGUCGGUCUUACUACCAAUCGGCCUGUUCUGGUUCGGCUGGACAUCUUACCCUUCCGUUCCUUGGAUUGUCCCAGCGAUCGCCGUCGGCUGUGCGACCAUGGGUAUUUUCUCGAUCUAUCUAGCCACUUUCAACUACUUGGCAGAUACAUACCACCGGUACGCUAGUUCGGCAAUUGCUGCCCAGUCUUGCUGCCGGAACUUGCUCGGUGGUGUCUUCCCACUUGUGACCGCUGCCAUGUUCAAUAACCUUGGCUUCCAGGCCGCAUCGAGUCUCCUGGGUGGUAUUGGUCUUUUGCUUACUCUGGUUCCCUGGAUUCUUGCCUUUUAUGGACCCAAGAUUCGAGCUAGGAGUAAGAUGGUGAGUGAGCUUGCUCACUAA